UUUUAAAUCUUGUCUAGUUUUCUUUUUACUUUUCGCAUUUUCUUUCCUAUAUUAAAGCAGUAAAAUCGAAAUUCCAAAAUUCCAUUCGUUUCCCACAGUCGGUGGUCACAGCUGGGCCGACGCGAAGAAAGACAUACGCAAAUUUUAAAUUAACUAUGUUAUUAAGCUUAAUGCUGCAUAGAUAUUCAGUUAACGGAAAAUAUACCUCCACCAUGGACUGGAGUGAGCCACCAAUGGAUCUAUACAAUGACGAGUCGCUUAUGCUGAUCCUUGGACUUUCGGUGUGCACACAAUUAGUGCUUAUGGUAUAUAUAACGAUGACCCUAACCCACUCGAAUGCUUUGCGCCGAAAGCAAUAUAACGAAAUGAAGCGGCGGCAUUAUGGCAAUUUUAUAUUUCGUCGUCUUUUGGCCCAACUGGAUCAAGCAUGGAUGUCUUCUUCGCGUUGUGCGGACCUAGAUGCUUGUCGGUUGGCUCAGUGCCAGGCACUGGAUGCAAUUCAUUUGUUUCGCCACAGUGCAAUACAAUUGCUAUAUCCGGAAUUUGAGAUGCACUCAGAGCAGGCUAGCGAUGCAUAUUGGGUACUCAACGAGCAGGAACUGGAGCUAUCGACUGCCGGAUAUGCCUUUGCCGAUAUUAGUGUGGAAGUAACGGAUGAUUUGUUAGUGCAUCUAGUGCAUCCGGAGCGAACCGAUGGGGCUUAUUAAUGAGCUCAAAUGAUUGGGAUAAUGGAUUUCUGAUGAUAAUGAUUUUCAAUCUAUUAUAUUUUUGUUUCUUUUUCCUUUUUUUUUUUAAAUAGACUCUUAGAUUACAUACAAACA